GUUCUUGUCAUUGUUUUGAUUACGAACACUUGGCGAAUAAGCCGACUCUGACAUUACUAACAGUAGCUACUGUUAAGUGAUCUGACGGACACAUUAACCUUUUAUUACUGCGUAAUAUCCAGUCAGUUUAAGAAAAGAUAUACCAGUUCCGGUUAACGCAGGACAAGUAUGAGCUCUGCAUCGAUCAAAAGGUACCGACGAGAGGAGUCUAAAUCAAGUGAAGAUGAUGAAGAGGAUAAUUACGAAGUUUAUGUUCCUAUGAAGGAACGUAAAAAGCAAAAAAUUAAACAAAUCCUAAAAAUAUCACAAGAUGAAGAUGAUAGUGCUAGUCAGAGUGGACAUGAAAAAGAAUGUUCUGCUCAAGAGGAAGAUGUCCAAGAACUUGCCAGAAAGAAUAAUAUUUCCUUGUUAGAUCAGCAUACAGAGCUUAAGAAAAUUGCUGAAGCUCGUAAAGAGUCUGAGCUAGAAAAACAAAGGAGAGAAGAAAAACGCUUGCUUGAAGCUGUUGCCGAAAAACGAGCCUUGAUGGGUGUCUCAGAGUUAGCCCGUGGUGUACAGUAUGAGGAUCCUGUUGUCACUGCUUGGAGACCCCCAAAACGCAUUUUAGCCAUGGAUGAAAAACGACAUGAACGAGUGAGGAGGAAGUACAAGAUCUUGGUUGAAGGAGAUGAUGUUCCACCACCAUUGAAGAGUUUUGCUGAUAUGAAGUUUCCUGCUUGCAUUAUUAAGGCUUUGCAAAAGAAGGGGAUUCACCGGCCCUCACCUAUUCAGAUGCAGGGUAUACCAGCAGCAUUAAAAGGUCGAGACAUGAUUGGUAUUGCAUUUACUGGAAGUGGGAAGAGUAUGGUAUUCAUUUUGCCAAUCAUUAUGUUUUGCUUGGAGCAAGAGAAAAAAUUACCGUUUACAACUAACGAAGGUCCUUAUGGCUUGAUAAUUGUUCCAUCUCGGGAGUUGGCAAAGCAGAUAAAGGAAAAUAUAGAAUAUAUUUCAAAGUUUGUUGAAGCUGAUGGCUUCCCUGAACUGAGGACAUGUCUUGCUAUAGGUGGUGAGCCAGUUGCUGCAGCCACUCAAGUAAUAAAAAAAGGUGUCCACAUCAUGGUUUGUACUCCUGGGCGACUGAUUGAUAUGCUGGACAAGAAGAUGGUACGUUUAGAUGUCUGCCGGUACCUUGUUAUGGAUGAAGCUGACAGGAUGAUAGAUAUGGGUUUUGAAGAAGAUGUUCGUACAAUUUAUUCCUAUUUCAAGGCUCAAAGACAGACCCUCUUGUUCUCUGCUACAAUGCCAAAGAAAAUACAGAAUUUUGCAAGGUCAGCACUUGUUAAACCAGUGACAGUGAAUGUCGGACGUGCUGGAGCUGCAUCUAUGUGUGUGACACAAGAAGUUGAAUAUGUAAAGCAGGAAGCAAAGGUUACUCACAUUUUAACCUGCUUGAACAAAACCUCACCCCCUGUGCUUAUCUUUGCGGAGAAAAAACAAGAUGUGGAUCUCAUUCAGGAGUAUUUACUACUCAAGGGUGUCACUGCCGCAGCAAUUCAUGGAGGAAAAGACCAAGAAGAGAGAUCGGCUGCAGUUCAGGCUUUUCAGAGAGGUGAUAAGGAUGUUCUUGUGGCAACUGAUGUUGCAUCUAAAGGUCUAGAUUUUCCUGGGAUUCAACAUGUCAUUAACUAUGACAUGCCAGAUGAUAUUGAGAAUUAUGUUCAUCGAAUUGGACGUACAGGCAGAUCAGGACAGCAAGGAGUAGCUACAACAUUCAUUAACAAAGCUAAUGAUGAGUCUGUAUUGCUAGAUCUCAAACAUUUGCUUAUUGAGGCCAAUCAGAAGGUACCUCCCUUCCUGAUUAUGUUAGGCAAUGGUGAAGAAGAUCUCUUGAUGUCUUUGGAAGCAUCCAAUGUGGAUGAACGUGGAUGUUCAUACUGUGGUGGCUUGGGUCAUAGAAUUACUGCUUGUCCACGCUUGGAAGCCAUGCAAAACAAACAAGCAGCAGGAAUUGGGCGUAAAGAUUAUCUUGCUGCCAAUGCAGCUGAUUAUUAAGUACUUUACUGUAUUUGAGAAUGUUUUUGAAGAUAGAGCCAGAUGUAUUUAGUAUAGCAUAUAAUUGCAGUUAGAUUAUAUCUUGAGCCACUACACAAUAUAUUUAAAGGAAAUUAUGAUAGUAUUAAUUCAUAUUUAGCAUUCUAUUUUUAUUGGAUUGUUGCAUUAAUUUUGUAGUACUGUACAUAUAAAAUUAACAAAAAAAUAUUAAAUUAUGAAUAAAAAAACUGAAACAGCAGAGGUAUUAGUAGGUAAUGUAGUAUUUUCAAUUUUUAAAAGGCAUGGCUUUUUUUUUUUUUUGCAUUAGCUAAAAUGAUGCAGUCCUCAUAUAAAACAG